AUGGCCACCGCACAAGCCGAGAAACCCAAGACUCAACAGCCUCCCACUUACACUAACGAUCCUGACGACUCGGAGACUGAUUACGAUUCGGAUGACUACAUCUCCGAGGAAGAGGAAGAUCAAGCACCGCAACAGAAGCAGACGGCCCAGCGUCGCCGGCGACCUCAGGCCCAAGGCCAGACUUACGACGAUGACGAUGACGAUGCAGAGUACUCUGAUGACUAUGCCUCAGACGAGUACGACGAUGACGACGAUUACGACGAUGAAUAUGACGAUGACGAGCAAGAAGCUGUGCAAGCGAUGGAGCGCUGGCAGCCUACUACGAUAAGCAGCAGUGACAACAAGAACCUCUCCAACGGCGCAAUGGAUCCGGCACCCUCGAACGACCAGAAGGGCGCAGAUGAGGAGGGUAUGCGCCUGAAGUUGGAACUGAACUUGGAGAUCGAGGUUGAGCUGAAGGCUCGCAUCCACGGUGAUUUGACAUUGGCUCUGCUGUAA